AUGGGCUGCCAGCAGCAGCAGCAGCCGCCCCAGCAGCAGCAGCAGCAGCCAUACCUGCAGCAGCAACAAAAACAGCCGCAGCAGCAGCAGCAGCGGCGCAGCAGCAGCGAGCUUGCCACCAGUAAGGCGGCAGGAGCUGCACGUCGAAGCCGUGCAGCGCAGCAGCGCAGCCUGGAGGGCUGCAGGGCGCAGCAGCAGCUUGAGCAGCAGCAGCAGCAGCAGCAGCUGCUGCAGCAGCAGCUGCAGCAGCAGCACCGCAGCUGGUUCAAACAAAACGAACCUGCCUCAGAAGCAAGGCAAAAGGCUUUGGCCUUCACGGCUCCUCCGCCGCCGCAGCAGCAGCAGCAGUAA